CGGCCGCAGCGAACAAUGAGAUGGAAUGUGCCUUCCAAAAAAGGCAGAAACGUGUUGCUUGCUCAUGUUUUGGCGCUUGUCGGAUGUCGGGCCGUAAUUCCCGCGCGCUAGAGCCGCGGCGCCGAGGUGUCGCUACCCAGCAGACCGCCAGCGAGUUGGACUUGCUUCCUCGCAUGUGUAUGUUUCGCACAGCUGAGCAGGAGGUGAAGCAGCCGCCCAAGCACCCCGCGGUCAUCUGCGCACAGGUGUCGAUCCUCCCUGCAUGGCUCGGCCCUUCUUAGCCGCCAGGCAGCGCUUCUGCAGCCCCCAAGGCUAUUCCUGUGCCGCCCAGUGCCCAGAGCCGAGAGAUUCGAGCCUAUUCAGGUAGAAGGUGGGCAAUCGCAAACGUCGGGAAGUACGUUCGAGAAGGUUCGGUGCGCGCGGGGGCGGCGCACGGCACACGGCCACCUCGGCCGCGG